CUUCCCCAAUCGCUCAGCAGCCGGGGAGAGGCGAAGGGCAAAGGAACAGCAAUUAUGGAGCAGUUGUAGGGGAUAAUUGACAAGCCUCUCCUUCCGGAAGAAAGCAAAGAAACUUAAGCUACUUGACCGAAAACGUAAUUCCCAAAGCGGCAACGAGAAACACAAGAGUAUCAAUCAUGCAGUUCAAAUACAGAAUAAUCGAAUAAUCUAUUCCAACGAAAGGGUUCUCUGUGAUCCUUCAAGGUUGUAACCGCUUCAAGCCGUCCAGUCCCCACAUUGUAAGUCGCUGGCGCAUCGGCCGCGGUUGAUCGAUCACCAUCGUCCAUAGUAUGUCCGUGGAGGACCAGCGCUAUUCCCACGCGAUGCGGGUGCUAGAGGCCGGACCGGAGUGGCUACGAGCCGAGAUCGAGCGCCUUUCCCGGGAGCUGAGUGAGACUACCCAUGAGAAGAUCCAGGCGGCAGAGUACGGGCUGGCGGUGCUGGAGGAGAAGCAGCAGCUGAAACAGCAGUAUGACGACCUGGAGAUCGAAUACGAGACCGUGCGCCAGGAACUGGACAUACUCAAAGAGGCGUUUGGACAAGUCUACUCCAACCAUAAGAAGGUGGCUGCCGACGGGGAGAGCAGGGAGGAGUCUCUGAUCCAGGAGGCGGUGUGUAAGGAGGCCUAUUACGAGCAGCGGGUCCUGGAGCUGCAGACGGAGCUCCGCCAGGCCCGUAAUGUCCUCACCAACACCCAGUCAGAGAACGAACGCCUGGCCUCCAUCACCCAGGAGAUGAGAGAGAACAUCCAGGUGGUGGAACUGCAGCGGACCCGCCUGCGUGAUGACAUCAAAGAGUAUAAGUUCCGGGAGGCACGUCUGCUGCAGGACUACACAGAGCUGGAGGAGGAGAACAUCUCCUUUCAGAAACAGGUUUCCGGGCUCAAACAGACCCAGGUGGAGUUUGAGGGUCUGAAGCACGAGAUUCGUCGUCUGGAGGAAGACACCCAGUUCCUGAACAGCCAAUUGGAGGACGCCAUCCGCCUGAAGGAGAUCGCCGAGCGACAGCUAGGGGAAGCCCUGGAGACCAUCAAGACUGAGUGCGAGCAGAAGGCCGCCCUAAGGAAAGAGCUCUCCCAUUACAUGAGCAUAGGCGACUCUAUGUACCACAGCCCGCUCAGCAUCUCUCUGGAUGGGCUCAGGUUCAGCGAUGACGCAGCCACGGAACCCAACAACGACGAGGCUCUCCAUGGUUACGAGAAUGGCUUCAGCAAGCUUGCCAACGCCAUCACUGAGGACAACCGUGCGUCCACGCCCAAGAAGGGUGACCUGUUCCGCCCCGUCCCCAGCCUGGUAGAUGACCUGCUGAGUGAACUCAACAUCUCUGAGAUCCAGAAACUCAAACAGCAGCUGCUGCAGAUGGAGCGUGAGAAGGUGUCUCUGGUGACCACGCUGCAGGACUCCCAGAAGCAGUUGGAGCAGGCCCACGGGGCCCUGGAGGAGCACCAGGACAAGGUCAGCCGUCUCACCGAGAACCUCAACGCCAUACGGAGGCUACAGGCCAGCAAGGAGCGCCAGUCAGCCCUGGACAAUGAGAAGGAGCGCGACAGCAACGAGGACGGGGACUACUACGAGGUGGACAUCAACGGACCCGAGAUCCUGGAAUGCAAGUACAAGGUUGCGGUGUCGGAGGCAGGUGAGCUAAAGGAGGAGCUGAAAACCCUGAAGGCAGAGUACCACUCCUGUCAGUCACACUAUGAGGAGGAGCGAGGCCGUCUGGAGACUCAUGUCACAGCCCUUGGAGAGAAGCUGGCCUCUCUGGAGAAGACCAGCCACGUGGAGAGAGAGGAGAAGGCCAGGCUGGAGAAGGCGCUGCGCAAGGUGAGUGACGUGGCGGGCGAGUCCCAGGGCAGCCUGAGCGUAGCGCAGGACGAGCUGGUCACCUUCAGCGAGGAGCUGGCCACACUCUACAACCACGUGUGCAUGUGCAACAACCAGACUCCCAACCGCGUCAUGCUCGACUUCUACAAGCAGGGCAAGGGCGGGCGCACCAGCCCUGAGGGUCGCGGCCGCCGCUCCCCCAUACUGCUCACUAAGGGCCUGUUCCCCGUGCCCGAAGCUGCCGACAGCACCCUGUCCCCUGUCUCCUCUCCCCCCUCGCCCCGAGAACCAAUGAACGUGUACAACCUGGUGGCCAUCAUCCGGGACCAGAUCAAGCACCUCCAGCUGGCGGUGGACCGCACCACAGAGCUGUCCCGUCAGAGGAUGGCCUCUCUGGAGCUAGGCACAGUGGCUGAUAAGGACAAGGAGGCCUGCAUGGGAGAAAUCCUCAAACUCAAGUCCCUCCUCAGCACCAAGAGGGAGCAGAUUGCCACCCUGAGGACCGUGCUCAAAGCCAACAAACAGACUGCUGAGGUGGCGCUGGCCAACCUGAAGAGUAAGUAUGAGAAUGAGAAGGCCAUGGUGACGGAAACCAUGAUGAAGCUGAGGAACGAACUCAAGGCCCUGAAGGAGGACGCCGCCACCUUCUCCUCACUCAGGGCCAUGUUUGCCACACGCUGUGAUGAGUAUGUGACUCAGCUGGAUGAGAUGCAGAGACAGCUGUCUGCGGCAGAGGAUGAGAAGAAGACCCUGAACUCCCUGCUCCGUAUGGCCAUCCAACAGAAGCUAGCCCUGACCCAGCGCCUGGAGGACCUGGAGUUUGACACCGAGCAGACCCGCCGCGGAGGCAAACCAAAAGCCAAAACCACUAACGGCAGAACCACUAACGGGCAGACCAACGCCGCCAACAACCCACGCAUUAGUCACGGCCUCACCUGUGCCGGGAUCGGCCGCCCCAACGAGCUCAACGCCAUGCCCAACUGCAUCCGUGGAGGCCCUGUGGUCUUCUGCAGCGAGAAGUACAAGAUCUACUGCGACUGAAGCGGCUGCGUUGUCAGCACAGGACUGCUGUGUACAGAGGGGAGGAGCCCGAGGCUCUCCCCUGCAUUAAUGUUAAAGAGCCCCACUAUGCUCGCUUAGCUCCCUGCCUGCCCAGCCUGUAGCCUCAUAGGGCCUGGUGUGUGUCUAACCUACAGUACAUAAGUAUGCCCAUAGCCAUGUAUGGCCACUCACGUCUGCUAGUGUAAACGUUUAGGGGAAUGCAGAUGUGCAUGUACAGUACAGUAUCCACUAGAAGAUUGGGACUGUUGUAGACAUAAUGUAUGGCAUGUGGAUAGGGUCUCAACCGGCUGCCGGUAGGCUUCUGUGGAUAUUAUGGGGUGCUGCACUUAUGAUGAUGUUAAAGGUGGCAGCAUUUGUGCUUAGUGUGUUCUGAACCCCCUGAGUGUGUUGCCUGGUAACUGUAAUGCACUUAGGGGGUGGGGACUUGGGAAGAGGGUGUCACUUUAAGGGGUCAUGUGACUGAAGCUGACAUCCUCUCCUCGCUCGUCUGUUGGCGUUGGUGCUCCUUCGAUAAAGCCUCCCAUCCUCCUCUCUCCUGGCCCCCCAGGACUGAGCCAGCCCAGCAACCCGCUGACCAAUCAGGUCACUCUUUAAUGUUUACAUAAACAAAUGAAACAAAACAAUAUGCAAACUCCCCAUGCUGUUGCUUAGGGGAGUCCAGUGUGAUUUGCUGGGUUUUCUAACUGAAUUUCAAAACUCUCAAAGCGGGUUGGCUGAUGAUUAGUGAUGUGGGUGGUAAAGGAGCACCUAAGACCACAGGAGUUUAAUUUCAGGAUUCAUUCAGAUCAAUCGCAUGGCAUUGCAGCUGAGAAUGCUACUGAGCUUUUAACUGUUUUUCUAUGUAAAAAGGUGUGUUGCACAGCACAAGCUAUGUACUACAGGGCUCUACAUUUUAACCAGAGCAGUUAUUUAACAUCUGCUGAAAGAAAUGGAGGGCUAUUCCAUGUGACCCAGUAUAUGUCAUAUUGGUGUUCUUUCAGAGCCAUAUUACUAGAGAACGAAAGCCAGACGAAACGAUCUCUACACCUAAAUUAAGUGCACUUCAGAAUAGGUGCCUCAGGUUCUAACUUCUAUUAGAAAAGGAUAAAAUAACUGUGAACAGAUACAAUAUAGUUUUGAUUGACAGGGAUUUUUGUAACAUCAGUAAAGAUCCUAAAAGAGCACAAAAAUCAAUGGCACCCAGAUCCGGAUCAUAAUUCUGCAAACAAAACCGACAACCUUCAGCAAAGUGCCUGUCGACCCAAGCCCUUGAUAUCAACUAUAUCUAUCUAUCUAUCUAUCAAUGUAAAGCCCCGUCUUUGUGUCUAUCACCCUAAUGCUCAUCUCUCCCUCUAUCUCCUUUCCCUCUCUUUUUGGAGGCCCUUUUGAGCUCUCAAAUGAACUAUGUGUGGUUAUGUGGCUGAAAACCCUGUCCUCCUCCUCAUGACUCUAACCUGUGUCUCGUCACUUGGUUGUCAUGACAACCCCUCUCUCUCUCUCUUUUAGAUUGUCAGCAGCUAGCUCGCCCUGAAACUCCACUCUCCCUUUAAGUAGAGAGGGGGAUUUGUGGGGGAAAAAACUCUGAAUAUCAUCAGGUAACGUCCUCACGCAUAUGUGUGUUCUGAACCCUGCGUGUGUCUGUGUGUAUGAGUGUGUGUGUGUCUGUGAGUGAGAGUGAUCUCUGCUCCGGCACUGUGUGUGUAUGUUGUUUUCUGAAAAUAUUAUAAAUGGAGGGUCUUUCAUUUCUGAGAUGCUGUUUGUAUGCAAGAGGACAAACCAAUAUACUGUCUUCAUUAUCCCCCAAAAAGCUUUAAACCUUGCAAGCUUGUGCCAGGCAGAUUUUAAAAAAUGAAUGUGGGGCUUGUGUUAGAUAAAUCCAUGUUUUACAUAACCACACAUUGUUAGCUUUAUGAUGCUAAAAGCAGGGUUGAUGCCAGGAAAUCCUAGAAGAUUCAUCAAAUUAUGCUUUUUCUACCAGUAACAUAUAAAAAACUAUAUAUUCUUAAUGAUAUGAUUGUAAUCAGGUUAGAAUCUUCUAGGAUCGUUCUAGCUGUCGUUCCUCAGAACGAGGGACAUCAUCAACCCUGCUUGAGUUGAGUAUGUGCUGUGCUGCCCUACGAGGCCUUUAGACACAACACAGUAUGGAGACUGUGUUCACAUCAUUCAAACACCUCCACUGAGUGAAAAUCACUCUUCGGUUAUUGUUCCACUUAAGUGACAGCGAUAGAUUCACUCUUUGUUUAUAUCAGAGUGUAGAGACUACGAGAGAUCAGAGGACUAAUAAUAGUGUUUAAACCAUGUUGAUCAUGAAUUUGAUACUGUGUUUGGAGACAUGGGUUCCAGGGUUAUUUGAGGUGCUCUAAACCCUUGGUGAUUAAAAGAAAUGAUACAUGUUUUUGUUUAACUACUUUGUCUCUAACUGUGGAAUCUUACCAGUGGACAUUGAUUCAAAUUAGUUGACCCUCUAUCCCCCUUUCCUUGUUUCGGCUCUAAGGAUUCACUGAGCAAUAGAUAGAUUUAAUAAUCCAGGAUGUGAUUGUGGCUAGAGAGACCCCCCCCCCUCCCCGUUCUCAAUGUCCGUUUAUCUGGUGUCAUCAAUAGAAUGCCACCAGAAUAAACUCCUCCUACCUCUGUCUGCAGGCUCUGCCCACAUCAAUGUUGAGUUCUCUCACACGUUCUUAAUUAGAUUUUUGAUUGGUUGAGAGCCUGCAUGCAACAAAUAAAAAACAUGCCCGUUCUCAUUAACCUGCAUGCCAUUUGGGAAAAGCCCUCCUAUGACUGACCUGGUUCUGGGGUAUGGUUUAUACUCUGGGGGGGUCUGGGUUUUGGAGGUGUCAAAGGUCAUAGUACUUGUGAGGUCAUCGGCUUCUCGCACUUGCUGGUCUUCCUCAGGCAAUAGUGCUUUUACAUCAGCUCCUCUAGAACAUAUUGACAUGAUGUUGAUAUGACAGAGUCUGCUUCAAAACAACUAACCCAGUUUGCACCUACCUGUAGUUAGUAGGAACUAUAACUAACUGGGGCUUCGGGCGUUCAUCUUUUUACUCUUUCUUAUUUCUGUAGUUAGUAGGAACUAUAACUAACUGGGGCUUCCUGCGUUCAUAUUUUUACUCUUUCUUAUUUCGUGUUUUUGAUUGGACUCGCAUCAUUACUGACCAAGUCUAAAUUGACUAAUAAUGCACAUUUUUCUGAUUUCUAUGUUUCUUCAUUUUGUAUGAAUUUAAUUCUGCCUGGAUGAGGAUCCUCAAACUCAGGAUCCUCUAACACUGCCGACGUCACAUUCAGUGUUCCUGAAAACAGCUAGCCCUAGAGGCCAAAAUUGUAAAACCCAAAACCCGACCAAACAAAAUCUCUUAUAUGAAUAUGAAAUAUUCCUCCAAGUUGCCCUUUAACUCACUAUAUAGCAUGAUCUAUAUGUCCUCUAUGGCCUCUAUAACCUAUAUGACCUCUAACCUCUAUGUCCUAUGUGUGGGAAUGAAAAGGUAUUUCCCAGUGCUGCUGCCGGAAGACGAUGCUCACAAGUACAGUGAACUCUGCCCUCCUAGUAAAAUGAUGAUCAGAGUUUGUGAUUAUUUGAGUUAUCCCUCCCAUGAGAAGCCAGGGAAGUCGGGGUCUUUCCUCAAUGUAAAUCAACAAACCGUUUUGUCUGGUUUGCUCUUUUUUUCUUUAACCUGUGCACUUUUAUUCUAGUAUUAUAACUUUAUAUUAUUAACCUAGGAAAGGUUUAGUGCUAUGGUUUGUGAGUUAUUUAGUCAAGUAUACACAUAUAUGAAUGGGAAUAUAUUUCCUCCUAUAUGUUGUCUCUUUGUAUCAUCCAUAGAGACCAUUUACUCUCCUAAAGCCACACCGCAAACCACAGUCCUACUGUUAAGAUUCUGAGAAUUGUCCAACUGAAUAAGCAUCCUUUUAUUGUUAUGUCUCAUAUUAUUAUUAUGCUUUUGGUUUGAUUUUAUGUUUGUUCUGCUGCCAUGUUCUAAACAAAAUCCAGGGUGAGCAAAUUCUGGGGUUUUCAUGUAUUUAUUAUUCCUAGGAAUAGUUCAAAGAUAACGCAGAGAAACUUGACGACACUCUGAUUCCAAAAAUGCUAAGAAGAUCUUGGGGGAAGAAACGGAGUGACAAAAUGAUUUAGGUUUUUCCAUCUUCUUACCAGGGUGUCACACCGAUAAGGGGAUCACUGGCGCACAGAAUUCUCUGCAAGUGCAACGAUUAAAUUCCAAAUUGGAAUUGUUUCCUUCUCUCUUUGUUUAUCGUGCCAAAUCUUGGUACAUCAUUUAGGUUUGAAAAGAAUGAAGAAUCAGAAAGAACUAUAGCUGCCCAGGAUUUGUUUUGGGUCUGUUUUGUUCUUCGUUCUGACCAGUCGUGCCUUUCAUUGUUUCAAGGGAGAAUCGUAGACUAGUGUUUUUUGUUCGUUUUUUAGGUGAGGAGGUUUGGGUUUAAACCGACUUUGUGAGCAGCAAUAAAUGCAAAGAUGAGCCCUUUUUGCAGGGGUGAGAAGAUAGUUUUCAAAUUAGCUCAAUUUAAUUGAUAUUGUGUUGAAUUCUGCAGGUCAGUGAUCCUAACAGAAAAUUCAGGGGUAUUGAGAAUUAUUAUUAUUUUUUAUCAAACUGGGAACCAAAAUAAAUCCCUUUGGCCUCCUAUUGAACAAAAUGUUACAAACACCACUACUGUGUUCUGGGUAGAUCAGUGUUCUAUUGAAACUUUGAACUCGAACUUUGUUUGGUUAAGGUAAUGUGCUAUCAAUAGUAUUGUUGGCAAAUGUGCAGGGAGCGCAUUUUGUCAUUUGUUUUGUCCAUUUUAAGUUUUUAAAUCGUAUUUUUUAUUCUUGAAUCUUUUUUUACAUCUUAUUAAAGCGUUGUGAUUUCAGGAAACAGAAAACAGAUUUUGCAUCAACAAGCUUGAAUUGUGUCAUUAUUGCCAAUGCUUGUUUGUUGAGGCGUAAAAAGUUAUCAAUACGGUUGGGAAGCAAAAACAAAAGAAGAAAAUAAAGUGCAAUUUUAAUGCUGUUUUACAUGGAAAAUAAACGUUUUCUGUUUGCUGGAAGCAAUAGCACUGUGAUAAUACACUAGCUGUUUAAACUUUAUAUUGUCAUAUUGUGUUUCAGUAUUGAUCCAUAUUGAGUUUGAUACCUUUAUAUGAAAUAACAACUUCAUCUGUAUGUUGGUAUGUAUUUGAAUUGUUAUGCAGUACGGUAUUCUUCUCAAUAAUGUGCAUUAUGAUUAGUGGCAUAUCAUUACAAUUUAAUGUCAUAUGCAUGUUCAUCAGUCAUGGGAACCUUUACACAGAAAAAGUGA